AUGGUGCAGUGCGAGGAUCUCAUCUACUGGUUCAAGCGUUUUAACAUGGACAAAAAACUGAACUUGAACUUCCUACGGGAAUCGCCGCCGUUGCCCGAGAGGGUGACCGAGGAGAUGGUGGAGGCGUACCUCGGGGAGGAUGCCGAAGCGGAGACCUCAAGUGGCUCGGAGUCAGACAAUGAGGAAGAAGAAGCUACGCCACCUCCCGGGCCGUCGAGUGUUCGAGACACCAAAGCGCAAGCCCCAACUGCUGCUGAGGACGAUCAUCCUACGCCGUAA